AUGGGAGACGUGCUGCAGAGGUGUGCGGAGAGGCUCAGGCGGCUGGACCUUGCGUCACUAGAGGUGGCGCAGGACUUCAUCCGGCGGUGGAACGAGUUCAGGUGGGACGACGAGAUUUCCUGGCUGCCGGAGGAGAAGCUGUGGGUCAACUUUGUGGCCAACAACCAGGCGGAGGCGGCGCUGUUUGAGGCAGAGGCGUGUAGGAAGAAGAAGGAGCAGGAAAAGGCGCAGCGCGAGGAGGAGGAGACCAGGCGGCGCAUCCUCGAGGAGUCGGAAGAGCUCAAGCGCAGGGGUAACUGGUGGGCGAAGGAGGCGGCGAAGCACGAGGAGCUUAGCAAGCUUAGGCGUCACCGGGUGAAGCAAGAGAAGGAGGUGAUCGAGUUAAGGAACAGCUUGCAGCGCGAGGUGGACCGGGACCCGAAGGUGGUUGAAGUGCUAGGGGAGGUGCAGGACUUCCUCCAGGAGUGGCACCGGUUGGAGGAGAAGCACCCGGACGUCCCGAGGGACAAGCUGUGGGCGAGCCACGUCGCCAACAACCCCACCGGCGCAGCGGGCGUCGGAAGGAAGGUCGUCCUUGAGGAGCACCUGCCGCACCUGGUGAACGGCUGCCUGACCCGCUGCCGGAUCUGUGACCAGCACAAGCCCCUGGCUGAGCGCGUGUCCCAGUGGGAGAGCUCUCAGAAGCUGGUGCGGGAUCACCUUGAGGCUCAGGAGCAGCAGGAGAGGGAGCGUGCGGCGGCGAAGCGCCAGGCCAAGACCGAGGCCAGGCAGGAGCGCAGGGCCCGGAUUGAGAAGCAAGUGGCAGAAGCAAGGGCGGCCCAGCGUGCACAGGAGACGGGGAAGGCAAAGGAGGAGGAGCCGGAAGACCCGGUGCUGGCGGAGCUGCGCGAGCUGGACAGGCGGCUGCAGGCCUACCGGGAGGAGCAGGCGGCCAAGGAGGCGGACCCCAACCGUAGCAUAGACGAGCUGGAUUGA